GACAUCAGCAUAAGUAUUAAGUAAGGACAAGACACGACUACGACGUCGACGAACUAUUUCGGCUUAGCCCAAUUUGCAAAGUGAUUUCAAUUCACAUGAUAAAAAUUGCUAAUUAUCCUGAAAUUAAAUAUUAUUUACCAGUGAUCAUUACUUAAAAGUUCCUUCUGCUACGAUGGGUAAAGCUAAAAAAGGCAAGAAGAGUCAGACAGCCGAGGAUGGAGAUAGCGACAUAGAAACCACUACGAUUGAGAACACAAAACCAGCACAAACCAAGGGCAAAAAAGUUCCUGCUAUCACAGCUGUAGCAUCAGAUGAAAGUGAAGAUGAGAAACCCAAAUCAAAAACUAAACUAAAGAAGUCAGUUGAUUCUGAUGUAAAGGAAGUCACAAAAAAUAUUAAAAAUGUAUCAAUAUCAAAUAAGUCUCAAAAGAAAAAAGUUGAUGCCAGUAGUGAUGAUGAAUCUGAAGAUGAGAAUGUCAAGACGAAAAAAAAUAAAACAAAACAGGAAAAGAGUGCUUUCUCUUUAUUAGAAAUUGAAGAUUCUGGAGAAUCUGCACCUGAGGCACAACCUUCCUCAGAUGAUGAAAAACCUGCACAAAAAUCUGCCAAAAAACCUACACAAGAUAAAAAGGAACCAGCAGGAAAGAAAGGCAAAAAAGCUAGAAGGAAAAAGGAUGACAGUGAUGAAGAUUUAGAAAAGGUUCUAGCGGAACUUGAAAUGGAAUAUGCGGGAGUCAAAAAAGAACCUGCUGCUGAGCCAGAACCAACAAAGCCUCAAGAACAACCAGAAGAAAAACCAAAAGCAAAGAAAAAAACCAAGAAAGAGGUAGAACCUGAAGUAGAAAACAAUGUUGAAGAAAAGGGAAGUGACAAUGAAAAUGAUAUAACUAUUAAAACAGCAGCUCAAAAGAAAAAAGAGAAGAAAGAAAGAGAGAAACUUAAAAAACAGGAAGCUAAAAAGAAGGAACAACCACAAGAAGGUAAAAAGGAACUAACAGAAUUAAAGCCACAAAGUAAACCUGAAAAUGUUGAGCUUAAAGAUCAAGAUGAAAAGGAUACUAAAGCUCCAUCGGAAGAAAAGGAUGCUGAAGGUGAUGUUCCUGUUGAAGGAAAGAAGAAGAAAAAAGGUGACAAAGGGGACAAAGACGACAAAGGUAAAAAAGGUCCUACCAAGAAAACUAUUGCUGCCAUGCAGGAAGCUUUGAAAAAGGUUAAAGAGGAGGAAGAAAGAUUAGAACGAGAAGAGGAAGAAAGAAUUAGGCAAGAGGAAGAGAGAGAGAAACAGAGACUUGAAGCUAUUAGAUUAGAAAAAGAAAAAAAAGAAAGGAAAAAGCAAAAAGAAAAGGAGAGAAAAGAAAGACUUAAAGCUGAAGGUAAAUUAUUAACACCUAAACAAAAAGCUGAAAAGGCAAGAGCUCAAGCAAUGUUAGAAUCUUUAAAAGCUCAAGGAAUAGAAAUUGGGACUGAGAAAAAACCACUGAGACCUGGUACUAGGGCAAAGCCAAAUAAAUUAAAAACUCAAAUGUCACAAGAAACAGCAUCAGCACCUGUAGAAGAAAAGAAAGUGGAAAUUGAAAUUACUGAUAAGCAGGAACCCACCAAGCCCGAGGAGAAAAAGGAGUCGGACACUGAGUCUGUCAAAGAUGCUUGGGAUGCCGAGUCUUCUGAAGAUGAGGAGUCUACAAAGCCUGAGCCAGCACCUGUUCUUGACAACAAAAAGCCACCAUCUGAAGAAAAACCUAAAGAGCAAGAAGAGGAUAGUUCUGAAGAGGAAGGCAGUUCGGACGAUGACUCCAGCUCUGAAGAGGAGUCUGAAGAUGAACAAAUGACAGAUGCCGAGAAAAAGAGAGAGAUUGUUUUGAAGAGAUUGGAGAAACGUCGCGAAGAUAAUGAAAAGAACAAAGCUAACAAUCCCCUACGUGCUGCCGUCGUUUGCGUCCUCGGACACGUAGAUACGGGAAAAACUAAAAUUUUGGACAAGUUACGGCGAACUAACGUACAAGACGGUGAAGCUGGUGGAAUUACGCAGCAGAUUGGUGCUACUAAUGUGCCCAUCGAGAAUAUUAAAGAGCAGACUAGGCAUGUGAAAGCGGUGAAUGAUAUAGCAUUCAAGUUGCCAGGUCUCCUCAUUAUUGACACACCUGGUCACGAAUCCUUCAGUAAUUUAAGAAACAGAGGUUCCUCACUCUGUGAUAUCGCCAUUCUGGUAGUAGACAUUAUGCACGGCUUGGAACCACAGACGAUAGAAUCGAUAAAUCUUCUAAAACAGAAGAAGACGCCAUUUUUAGUCGCCUUAAAUAAGAUAGAUAGAUUGUACGAUUGGCAGAGUUCUCAACGUAAAGAUAUUCGUGACAUUCUGAAGAUGCAGCAACCGAACACCCAACUAGAGUUUGAGAAGCGAACGAAAGAUGUUAUACUCCAGUUUGCUGAACAGGGUCUUAACGCAGCAUUAUUUUACGAGAACCCAGACCCUCGUACUUACGUCUCCUUGGUGCCCACAUCAGCGGUGACUGGUGAAGGCAUGGGUAACCUUCUAGCGAUGAUAGUUCAGGCCUGCGAGGGACCCUUACAUAAGAGGCUGGUCUUCUCUCAGCAGUUGCUUGCUAUUGUCUUAGAGGUAAAAGCUAUUCCCGGAUUGGGUACUACGAUAGAUACAAUUCUAAUCAAUGGAACGCUUCGUGAGGGAGAUACGGCGAUUUUGGCGGGAACAGAAGGACCCAUAGUCACGCAAAUAAGGUCGCUUUUGAUGCCUCAGCCUAUGAAGGAGUUGCGUGUCAAGAAUGCUUACAUUGAGCACAAAGAAGUAACGGGGGCCCAAGGAGUGAAGAUAGCAGCAAAAGAAUUGGAAAAAGCAAUUGCUGGUUUGAACCUACUUGUAGCUCAGAAACCAGAUGAAGUAGACAUUUUAAAGGAAGAAGUGGCGAAGGAGUUGAAGACAGCUCUAUCGUCCAUUAAACUAUCAGAGCGCGGUGUGUACGUGCAAGCGUCUACUCUGGGAUCCCUCGAAGCGUUGCUAGAGUUCCUUAGGACUAGCAAGAUUCCCUACUCCGCUAUUAGGAUAGGUCCGGUGGUGAAACGAGACGUAAUGAAAGCGUCCGCCAUGUUGGAACACGACUCGCAGUUUGCUACUAUAUUGGCUUUUGAUGUUAAGAUCGAAAGGGAUGCGCAAGAGUUGGCAGAUCAGCUCGGCGUGAAGAUAUUCGCAGCUGAUAUUAUUUACCAUUUGUUUGACAAAUUCACCGCAUAUAGAGAAGAACUUAAGCAGAGGAAACGGGAGGAAUUUAAGCAUAUAGCUGUCUUCCCGUGCAAACUGAAGGUAUUACCACAAUUUGUGUUCAAUUCCCGUGACCCGAUCGUUGCUGGAAUAAUGGUGGAAGCUGGAAUUUUGAAGGAGGGAACACCGAUUUGUGUGCCCAGUAAAGAGUUCGUGGAACUUGGAUUUGUGACAUCUAUCGAAGUGAAUCAUAAACAAGUGGAAACGGCGCGAAAGGGCCAAGAAGUUUGCAUCAAGAUUGAGCCGAUACCCGGGGAAUCCCCCAAAAUGUUCGGCAGACAUUUUGACGAAACUGACAUGCUUGUUAGCAAGAUAUCCCGAGCCAGUAUUGACGCAUGUAAAGACUAUUUCCGUGAUGACCUUAUCAAAACUGAUUGGCAGCUGAUGGUAGAAUUGAAAAAACUGUUCGCGAUCCUAUAAAUCCUUUAUGAGAUUAAGAAUUCAUAAGUUCGCCUACCGGCUUAGUAUGCAUAAAGAAUUGAUUAUAAUAUUAACCACGUAGAGUGAUUACGAAAUGAAACAACCGAAACUCGUCGAAAUAGUAGUGAUUCAUGUUGUGUUACAUAAUAUUCAGGAUAGUAUGUCAGUCAAUGUUCAGAAUUUUAAUAGGCGUUCAGUGGUCUCUUACUUAAUUUUUAUAAUGUAUGAUUCCGUUGCUAGAGUAAUACACUUUAAAUAAUUAAAAAUUUGCCCUCGACUAUUUCGUGGUCUAUCAUCAGAGUAGCUCUUGGUGUGUACCAAAUGUGAUGAUUCUUCCGUGGCUAACCAAAAGCUAAUAAGGCUGUAACUUGCGUUCUUAUUUGUAGCUAAUAACCAUCUCGAUCACGUCAACUUCUAACAUCAUUAUCGGCCCAUUUGUUUAGCCACAGUCAAACCACAAGUCAAACUUAAACCCUUAAUUUUUUGUUGUUUAAGAAGAAACUUACGGUUGCUAUGCCGGUAGAGUGUAACUGAUGAUUCGUCUUUCUUAGCUCUCAUAUAAGCAAUGUUAUUGGUGCGAAAAUUGUAAUAAAUCACUUGUAGGCCUUGUCUGUUCCAUCUUAGCCCCUAAAAUAGAAUCUCAUAGUAAACCAGUUUUUCACCUUCCUACCCACUGAUUUCACUGCCGAAUAUAGGCCUAAUGAGUCAUCUGUUAUUUGUUUAACUUCAGAAGAUUCUAGUAAAAUUUUAAUAAUUUUUGUCACUAUCGGAACGGAUGAUAUUUUUGAAAUUAAUUGUUCGAAUCUAGUUAGGCCGUGUACAUCAUUGUAAAUACUCCAUUAGUAUUUAUUGUGGCGUAACCUUGUGUAUCUUAAAUGUACGAAGACCCACGGCAACACCAUGUAUAUAAUUUUAUAAUUUGUAAAUAAAGAUAUACAGAAAUCUAAAAUGCUUUUAUGACUUCCUAUACUUUCGGUUGUAUUGCGAGUUUAAACUUUUGUUAAAUAGAAAGGAAAUGGUCCUUCGAAACCGGAAUAAUAAAAUCAUUCUAACAAUAACAUUGGAAAGUUGAGUCUUAAUGAGUGAAAUUAUAAUUUGGUAGAUUAUUUUUCUUUGAGAUGAUUUUUAUGUAAAUAAACUUUAAAUGUUGUAUGGUCGAAAUCUUUCGUAGUCCGAUGAAGAUACAAAAGGUUAUUGUUUAUCUUUCACCAUUUUAAAGGCUUUGUAUUAUAUAGAUGGAAUCGGACAUAUUCUUAUAUUGAUGAAAUUUUAUUAAAUUAAGAAACUUA